ACGUCGUGUUGAGUUGCGGAAUAAAUAAAUCAACCCAUGGAAUCGUAAACUUAAUUGAAUUAAAACAAUAACGAAGGCAAGCAACAACAAGUUGUGAACAGACUCUCGGUUGCCUUGCCAUUUCUGACACAAAAUACACUCGACUCGCAUACAUUAUUUUAAAACUGUGACAUACAAUUGCAACAAAAGCGAACAUCUGUGCUCCAGCGCCGAUGCGGGUGCAUAAAAGUGAAAUUUCGUUUCGGUUGGAGAGCAAACAACGCAAAAGUGAAAGAGAAAACGAAGAGGAGGGAAUCCAAAGAGAGAAAUCCCGACAUCCAGCGUAGCCAUGACGACGACUAACACCACCACCAGCAACAACAACACAUACAGAUAUGCCAACAACAACAGCAUCCUCCAAAAAUCAGGGACUGCCUCCCCCAUAGCCUCGGCGCCUUCCAACGCCUUUCUGGAGAUGGACUUGACAGCCAGCGAAGGGAAUACAUCUGCUACAGCAUCAACGCUCCUGCCUGUACAGGACUGUUCCGUGAAUGUCAACGAGGACAGCACAGAAUGCGAUACCUUCCUCAUAGGCAGUGUGGGGAGCAGUAGAAGCAGCGGGCCGUCCAGCGGCAGUCGGCGAACGAACCGACCCUCAUCCACAUUGUACCGCGGCAAGAUGCGCAACUCCUGCUGGAUGCGCGCCCAAUCAUUUGUAACACGCAACUGGUACUUGGGCUGCCUGGUGCCCGCCUCCAUCCUGGGUGCCCUGCUUUUCGUCGGCUGGAUGACCCGCGACUAUGCCAAGCAACUUCUCUUCUGGAUAGAGACUCAGAACGCCUGGCUGAUAUUUGCCAUCUUCAUGGCCCUGUUCACAGUGGUCAGCUUUCCCGUCGUGGUCGGCUACUUUGUACUGCUCAUCACGGCCGGGUACCUCUUUGGCUGCCUCCGCGGAUGGUUCACCGUAAUACUGGGCGCCAAUCUAGGCAUAGCUAUUGCACAUGCCACCAUUCGGAGCUGUCGUCAUCGGAUACCAGUGCAGAAGCUGGUCAAGAACGAUACGGGUCGGGCCAUACUGCGAGUGAUAUCUGGACCGAGGGCCUUCCGUGUGGUGCUCUUCACCCGCCUCACGCCCAUCCCCUUUGGACUGCAAAAUGUGAUAUUCGGAAUCAGUUCCAUCAACACGAGGGAUUACCAUGUGGCCACGUUGCUGGGCCUGCUGCCUGCCCAGACCAUCAAUGUCUACCUGGGCUCCACUCUGCGAUCCAUGCACGAGGUUCUCAACGACAACGACACCAAGCUGACGGGCUACAUUAGCUUUGUUCUCGAGGUUAUCUGUGGCGUAGUUCUGAUGUUUUGGGUGGUGCAGAAGGCGCGCAAAGAACUCUCCGAGACGCUGCUCGCAUCGGAAUACAGCAGCAGCAGCAACGAGGGAAAGCAUCCGGACAUCCAGGUAUAGCAAAGCGCCUGUAAGGAGGAUUGCCUGCAGGCAAUCCC